CCGCAGAAAAACCAAACAAAACCGUGGAUCCCGACGAGGAGAAAGCCGAGACGGAAACCGAAGCCAGCGAGAAAGAAAAAAAGAAAAAAAGAAAGCUUUGACAUGUCAGCCGCUCCCGCACCAUUCCCCUUCUUCCUCCUCCUCUUCCUCUAGAACUCCUCCUCUUCCCCGCUCCCGCCGCCUCUUCCUUCUCCUCCACCACCGCGCGCCUCGACGUCACGCGGGGCGGAGCAGUUGCUGCGCGAGGGAGGGGGGGAGGGGGGGCGACCGUUUCCGCGGCCUCUCUCUCUGUCUCGGAUUCGUCUGAGGUCCGCACCGAACGGUUCACCUAAUCCGCCCGCCCUCGUCAAAGGGGGGCGGUGCAAGAAAUCCAGGAGGGGGAGGAGGGAUUGGUUGGUUGGUUGAUUGGUUCUUUGGUGGGAGGGGGCAUGGCGGCGGCAUCGUCGCCGGUGGAGUUCCUGCUGCGGAGGAUGCCCACGCCGCGGCGGAGGAGGCUGCCGCUGGCGGGGGCGUUCUUCGCGCCGACGGGGCUAGCGGGGGCCACGCUGCUCGGCGCGGUGGCGUCGCUGGCCGCCGGGGUGGUGGCGGGGGCGAGGCCGCCGUCGCAGCGGCGGAACGUCGACGCGCUCGCGCGGCGGCUCGCGCUGCUGGCGGCGAUCCUCGACUCCGUGCUCCUCGACGCGCGGGGGUCUCUCGGCGGAUUCUCCGACGCGGCCAACCUCUGCUUCCGCGAGCUCUACGUCGUGCUCUUCCGCGCCGAGCUGCUCGUCUCCUACGUCGCCUCCGCCGGCCGCGCGUGGGCGCUGCUACGGUGCCCCCACCUCGCCGCCUCCUUCCGGGACCUCGACGCCGAGCUCGCCGUCGUCCUCGACGUCCUCCCCGCGGCCUCUCUCGGCCUCUCGCACGACGCGGCCGGCCUGCUAGGGCUCCUCCGCGCAAACUGCCGCAGGCGCGCGCCUGCCCAGUAUCACGACCCCGACGAGGCGGCGCUCCGGGACCGCCUCCUCGCCGCCCUCCGCCAAUUCGAGCUCGGCCAGUCACCUGACCACCCCGCGCUCCAAUCGCUCCUCGCCGACAUGGGCAUCUCCUCAGCCGCCUCUUGCCGCGCAGAAAUCGAUUACCUGGAAGAGCAAAUCUUGAGCCAAGAAGAGGACACCGACCUCCCUCUCGUCGGCAGCGUCGUCGCCUUGCUCCGGUACUGCCUAUUCGCCCUGUUCAACCCUGGCAACACGAGGGCUCUCCGGGAUUGGCCGUUGGCGGGCAACAGGCAGCGGCUGCUCUCGUUUGGCGGCGGCGGCGGCGAUGACACCUCCUUCUCGGUGCCAAAGGAGUUCUCAUGCCCAAUUUCUCUCGAUUUGAUGCGUGACCCUGUGGUGGCGUCCACCGGGCAGACAUAUGACCGGCCGUCGAUCAUACAGUGGAUCGAGGAAGGUCAUUCCACCUGCCCCAACUCCGGCCAAACCCUUGCAGAUCACCGGCUUGUGCCGAACCGUGCUCUCCGCAGCUUGAUUUCACAGUGGUGUGGGGUGUAUGGUUUGCAGUACGAUUCGCCGGAGAGCAAUGAGGGGAUGGCGGAAUGUGUUGCUGCAUCUUGCAGUAGCCGGGCUGCGAUAGAGGCAAACAAGGCCACAGCUAGGAUUUUGGUCAGGAUGCUGGAGGAUGGGUCAGAAAAUGCUAAGGCAGUCGCCGCUAAGGAAAUUCGGUUGCUGGCAAAGACCGGGAAGCAAAACCGGGCAUUCAUCGCUGACUUGGGUGCGAUUCCGCUGCUAUGCAGGUUGCUCUUGUCGAAUGAUUGGAUGGCACAAGAGAAUGCUGUGACAGCGCUGCUAAAUUUGUCAAUCUUUGAGCCAAACAAGGGACGGAUUAUGGAACAGGAAGGCAGCUUGCGGCUUAUUGUCAGGGUUUUACAGAAUGGAUGGACUACAGAGGCAAAGGAGAAUGCUGCAGCCACUCUGUUUAGUCUAUCGGUGGUCCAUGAUUACAAAAAACUGAUCAUGAAUGAACCUUCUGCUGUUGAGGAGCUAGCCAGCAUGCUGACCAAAGGGACGGCAAGGGGGAAGAAGGAUGCAGUGAUGGCACUCUUCAAUCUCUCAACACAUCCAGAAAGCUCAGCUCGGAUGCUUGAGUCAUGUGCAGUUGUAGCCUUAAUUCAGUCACUGAGGAACGACACUGUGUCGGAGGAAGCUGCUGGUGCUUUGGCCCUGCUGAUGAAGCAACCUUCUAUUGUACAUCUUGUUGGGAGCUCUGAAACUGUGAUCACUAGCCUGGUUGGAUUAAUGAGGCGUGGAACUCCAAAAGGUAAGGAAAACGCAGUGUCGGCUUUAUAUGAGAUAUGUCGCCGGGGUGGCUCUGCAUUGGUGCAAAGAGUAGAAAGGAUUCCAGGGUUGAACACAGUAAUACAAACCAUCACGCUCAAUGGAACAAAGCGCGCCAAGAAGAAAGCAAGCCUAAUUAUCAAGAUGUGCCAGAGAAGCCAAAUGCCAUCAGCAAUGGCACUAGGGAGCACAUUGACAGUUGUUGAUCAUUCAUUGGUGGGGAACAACACAUUAAGGCGUGCUGCGAGCUUUGGCAGUGGAGAAUUGCCAAACCCAAUUUCGAUAUCAGUGCCAGUGCCCUAGGUGAAAGGUUUCUGCCCUGGAUUAUGGAUAAUGGUUACAUUUGGUGAGUUUUGUCCCCAAAAUUCUUUCAUUUCAUGCUCAAAUGAAGGUAUACAAAAUUUAAUCCAAAGGAUUUAAUACUCGAAAUAUAUCAGAUGUUCCUAUAUGUUUAUGUGUGUGAAAUGUGGAUAAGUGUGCAGACAUAUAGAUGUGCAAUUAGAGUUCCAGCUUGAUGUUUCCUCCUUGCAAGCUUGGACAUUGUUCGGUUUUGUUUCAUUUUUAUUUUUUUUGAAAAGCACCAAAUCUGUAUGCUGUUUUCUGUAAACUGUUCAGUCAACUAGUAAGCUUAUACUGAGGCAACGGUGGAAAGAAAUGAUAU